AUGGAGGGGAACUCAACCAGCUCAGACGUCGCAAAGAAGAACGCAGCUAAUGGCGUUGGCUUCAACAAUACCCACCUACAUGGCGGCAAAUCAGGAGGAGGAGGACGAGGACAAGGAGGAGGAGGAGGAGAAGGAGGAGGGUUCGACAGCCAGAUGCCUUUCUUGUUGCAGGACAAGCCAGAUUACAUCGACGUCGAUUGGCUCAAAGAGCUCCAAGCGUGCAAGACCAAGAGAGAGCUGAUCAACACGAUACACAGCAAGAACCUUACCUCGCAGCGGCAGCACCCGCUCUUCGAGAAGGUGCUUGCCUACGUGUCCACCGACCAGCGGCUCAGGAGCGAAAAAAGCAGGAACCACCUGAUCGAAAUCGCGCUGUGGAUGAUGGAGAAAAAGCAGAGGACGGGGCCCAUGGGUGAGUCUCCCCUCCACCUCUUCUUCCUCCUGGAGCAGGGAGAUAUUGGGCAGGAGAUCAUCAAGAAGGAGGUAGAGAGGAGGAAGCCCAAGGACGCGGCGGAAGAGUUCAGGCACUACAAGGAGCUUGUGAACACACCGUACGGGAGUGACCUGAAUAUCGUCUUAAAGCCCAGGGAUCAUCCGCCUCCUCUUCUGGGGCAGCUCCAGGAGCAGGUCAACCGGAUUUUUUCGGACAAGCGAGCGAGAGAGCGGCAGCAGGGGGAGCAGGAGAAGGGGAAAUCUGCAGGGAACGGUGCGUUCAGGUACGGGGAUAAUCAUCCGAUUGACGAGGCGCUCAAGACGUACGCGGAGGGAGGAAGGGACGGAGGGAUGUUCACCGGAGAGACUCCGCUGCACAUCGCGAUCGUUCAGCAUGACAGGAAGCUGGUGAAGUGGCUGCUGGACCAUGGGGCGGAGCUGCAUGCGAGGGCGAUGGGGAUUUUCUUCCAGCCCGGCAUCAUCGAAAGGUUCAGGGACGAGGAGUGGGUGUCGUGGAACAAGAAGGAGAAGAACGAGAAGGGAGGGGCGUGCUACUACGGUGAGCUGCCGCUGAGUUUCGCAGCUAGCGUUGGGGAUGUAGAGAUUUGCCAGAUGCUGCUGGAUCGAGCGAGGGAGAUCAUCGAGAAGGAAGACGACGAUGAGCUGAUUGAGCUGCUCCACCGCUGGACCCAAGACGAGCUGGUGAUCCCGAACACAGACGACCCCAACUUCAAGGACGAAGAAGCUCUGCUGAACUCGUACAUCAACAUGAGCGACGCCAGGGGCAACACGGCCCUCCACAUGGCAGUGAUGCAUCGCCAGAAGGACACGAUCGAUUGGCUGCUCAGAAACUCUGCCGACCCCUCCAUGGAGCUGCUCAACGAUGACGACUUCACUCCUCUCACCCUCGCGGUCCGGUCUGACGCUCCAGAAAUCUUCAACCACCUUGUCUCGAAGAUCCAUGAGGUGGCCUGGUCUUUCGGUACUAUCCAGAUGACCGUCGUGCCGCUGCAUCAGCUGGACACCUUCCGGAGCUCCCUGCUGAUUCCCAGCUCCACCAAGCACCGCGCUCCUGCCACCAAGGAGACCUACAGGAUGAGAGUGCGGUCAAAGCGGUACCUCGACGAGAAGAAGCACGAGAAGAAGAUGAAGGAGGAUUGGCUGAGGAAGUACUGGCUUGACCGCGUUGUGUCCGUCGCCCGCUGGCUGGGAGGGACGAGGAAGAGGUUGGAAAAAUGCAUACGCCCGCACAAAGUGGUCGACGCGACCUCCCUGACCGACUCGCUGCACAACGACCCGCACUGGAGGAGCGCGCUGGAGGUUGUAGUGGAGCACGAGAUCAGUUCCUUUGCAAGGGAGCCCAUCUUCCAAGACCUCGUCUUCGAGAAGUGGAUCAAGUUUGGACGCACCAGCCAUCUCCUCUACACUCUCCUCCCCUUCACUGUCUUCCUAAUCGCAUGCACCGUCGCCUUCGAGAGGAGGUGCAGGCAGAUCUGGUCACAGACGGUGAACACGGGGGUGGAGUGGUCUAUCAACAAAGCUCCCCUCUGGUUCUUCAUCGCCCUGGAUAUCCUUAUCUACCUGAUCGGGAUUCCCUUCCUCCUCCUCCAGGCGCGCAAGCAGCUCAGGUUCCGCUACAUCGACAUCGACCCCAACAUGGACCUGUCCUGGAGCUUCGACGAGCUGAUCUUCUGGCUCUACAAGAACCUGAUCUUCCUCCUCCACGUCGUCGUCGUCGCCUUCCUCGUCGUCAUCGCAACUAUCCGCCUCUGCGUCACCGGCGACUUUGCGGGCUGGUACCACGUCAGACCCGACUACUACUUCAAGGGGCUCGAGCUGAAGAUGAUGGCGUGGGCGAUGAUGUUGCUGUGGUGUACCUUCCUCCAGCUCCUCCUCCCCUUCCGCUUCGUGGGCCCGCUACUGAUGACGGUAUGGCGCAUGCUGAUAGGGGACGUCUUCAAGUGGAUCAUAGUCUACCUCUUCAUCCUCGCUGCCUUCUCGCAGGCUGUCUACAUCCUCAUCCAAGACGUGGCCAUCUCCGAAGGGCUCGUGCAGGACGGCUCCGUCGUCUUCGGCCCAGCUGGAUCCGAGCUGACCGUCAACCCGGCAUCCAACUUCGACUACAUGAGCACGUACGUGUGGGUAACGUUCGGGGACGUCCACCAGGGGCUGCUGGACGCGAUCGGGUCGAUCCGGGUUGACAUCUGGACGCUCCACAUCAUCUUCAUCGCGCUUUCGACGCUCUUGCUUGUCAACCUGCUCAUCGCCAUUAUGGGCAACACGCACAGCAAGAACGAGAGCGGCGCCGGGACAGACAUGUGGUGGAUGUUUCAUGCUUACUACGUACUGAGGAUCGAGUCGAACCUGUCGAGGGCAGAGAGGAACAGGCUGAGGAGCGGGGAGAGGAUGGAGCAGCUGGAGAAUGCGGGAGACGAGAGCAAGCACUUCAGGGUGAGGGUGGAGAACAGGAAGAUGGAGAUGGCGGGGGGAAGCGCGGACGUGCGAAACUACUCGGACGAGCGGGAGAUCCGCAAGAUGUUCCGGGAGAAAGACCCGCUGGGGGAGGGGGUCGUGCACGACUUCGCGCUCCUCGACGCCAUGUGCGAGGUGAUGGAAUCAGUGAACCCUGGGGUGGAGGUACGCAGGCACGAGGUGUACGAAGUGAUCAAGCACGACCUGAAGAAGCACGAGUGCUCGGAGCAGGAGAUGAUCGAGUUCUUCAAGUGCUGGGUCCCUCCCGAGCGGGAAAGAAAGGCCCUGAUCCUGGUGGACGUGCAAGGCGAAAAUCUCCAGCGAUGGAACAUCGGAACGCAGAAGUAUCCGCCCGAGCUGACGAACCUGCUGUUCCCCCAGCAGUUCGAUCUCGUGCUAUGGACCAAGGACGUCAACGAUCCCAGGAACCCGAAGAAAAGCAGGAGGAUAAGGAUCAAGCGAACAAGGAAGCAGCGGACGGGAUGCGCCAGGCGGAGGAGGAGGGAGGAGCACCAGCAACAGCAACAGCAACAGCAACAGCAACAGCAGGAGGAGCAAGAGGAGCAGGAGGCAUCGGAGUGCAAGCCGGAGAUCUUGAAGGGUCUCUGUGAUUUGAACACUUCAGAGCACUACGUCCUGCACAGAACGUCUGACCCCUCUUCAUCCGGGGCUGGCUACUGCUCCAGCUGCUUCUUCGAGCAGAAAGUGUGGAGGGAGACUGGGCUGCGGAGGUUCUUGAAGGAGCAGAAGAUAACGACUGUGGUUGUUGGUGGUUUCCUGUUCAACGGAGUUGUGGGGACGACGGCGUUGGAUGCUGUGGACUGCGGGUUCAGAUGA